AUGAUUUCAAAGCGUGUUAAUGAAACUAUUCAAACGGAUACGAGUGAUAGAUCACAGAAACUAGCUGGAUGGGCUGUCAGUGGUGAUCAACAUAAUCCGAGUGCAAAAAUUCUCUAUCUAACAGACGGUUUACUCAAAGAACGUCUAUUAUAUGAUAAAAAUUUUAUCACAAUUCAUACUCGAGUAGACAAGUCCAUUGUAUUCUUUGUGGACGAAGUGCAUGAACGCUCCUGCAAUAUUGAUCUUUGCUUGGCAUUACUAGCUCGACUAUUAAUUGAUAAGCCAGAUCUUAAAUCUAAACUGAAAAUUAUUAUUUCCUCAGCCACACUAGAUUCAUCAGUGCCGCGACUAUUUCGUCAAAUACCAAAUAUUAGUUUUACUGAAUUCGAAAUGCCACAAAUGGAUACUCGAUAUCCUGUGAAAAAAAUCGCCCGUCGAAAUGAGAAUGUCCUGGAUAUUGUACUGGAAUUAUAUAAAAAACGCGAACGAUAUGAUCAAAUUCUUUGCUUUGUCAAUUCUGUUUCAGAAGUUAAUCAAUGUUGCCGUCUACUAGCAGAAUUAAGUCAAGGAACAAUAGGUGCUGUUGCACUGGUUCAAUCUCAAUCGCCUAAAGUUCAACAGGCAAACAUUGAAACUAGAAGUGUAUUCUUUUCGACUACAGUGGCGGAGACAUCAUUGACAUUUCCAUCAUUAAAAUAUGUGGUUGAUACAGGAAUGAUCAAUGUGCCCGUUUAUGAUUCAGAAUCAAAGCGAACAGUAUUAAAAGAAGUUCGAGCAGCUGAAUCAACUAUAAAGCAACGUCUUGGUCGAUUAGGUAGAACAAGACCUGGAGAAUAUUAUUAUUUAUAUGAUUUUAAUGUCGAGGAACAACGUUAUCCUAUACCACAUAUACGUCAAUCAGAUUUAACAAGUAUUGAAUUUUCAUUAAGAAGAUCACCAAUUAGAAAUGGAUUACAUUAUAUGCAAAAAUUCUUUCCCGAUAAACCAACACAAGAAGCUAUGAAUGCGGCAGUUGACGAUCUGAGAAAACUGGGUGAGUAA